GCUUCUGUAGCACCAUGGAUGUGCGGGGCUUCGUGGAGAUGGCGCACCAAGUGGGCGGGCACGCUACGUCCAAGACGAGUCUCAAGUCGCACAACGGCCGCAUCUUGAAGCCUUUCCAGAGCAAACAGCGAGGGGAGCGCGAGCGCGACUUCUACGAGCGCGUGUUCGUAUCAGAGAAGGACCCGCCAGAGUUCGCAGCGCUGAGGCAAUUUCUACCAGAGUAUCAUGGGACGGUGGUGGUCCGUGAAGUGGAGGACGCCCAAGAGGUCAAUGGACUGCACCCUGGACAUUAUUUGGCCCUGGAAGACUUGACGUGGGGGAGGCAGUGGCCGUGCAUCAUGGACGUCAAGAUGGGCACCCGGUCGUACGAAGACGACGCGUCGGCCGAGAAGAUCGCUUAUGAGAAGUCCAAGUUCCCGUUGCAGGAGACGGUUGGCUUCCGUAUUCAGGGCAUUAAGGUCUUCGACCCGAAGAAGAGGGGCUACAUUGAGUUCGACAAGCACUUUGGUCGCGGUAUCGCCUCCGUGGACGAGCUUGUUCCAGCCUUCCGAAACUACUUCCCGCAGGAAGACACGGCCAAGACCGUCAAGCUGCUGGAAGCGUUUCUGCAUCGCCUUGAUCAGCUGAAGUCGUGGUUCGACGACCAGCAAGGGACGGAGUUCAUCGCCAGCUCCUUCCUGUUCCUGUACGACGGCGAGGCCGGACCAGAAUCGCACGCAGCCGACAUCCGCCUCAUCGACUUCGCCCACGCCACGACACCAGCUCCCCCUCAGCGAGACGAGGGGCUGCGAACGGGCAUCGCCACGCUGAUCCGGUGCUUCCAGACGUUGCUGCGUGAAGCUCAGGGCCAGCACUAA